GGGUCCACCCCUCGUUGCCCGGAGGCCGCCAGUGGCACCCGAAGAGGUUGCGCUCCUGGCCAAUGAGCGCAGACACCGCCCCCUCGCUGCCCUGGGCCGGCGGGAACUCGGGCCCUACGGUUCCACUUUCUCGGGAGAAGGGGCGGGCAGAGAGCCCGCGGACCCGGCCUUCGCAGCCCUUCCGAGUCCCUGGCAGCGGUCACCGGCACCGAGGACGCACCUCCGCAUCUCCAUUGCAAGAACGAGAGUAAAUCCAAUCCUUGCUUCUCUAAGUUGGGCAGUCGUGGAAGUGAGUCAUAGUUUCUUAGAAGUCAUCAUGAAUUCCAAGAAACCUGAAGAUAACAAGGCAUUCACUACUGCAGAAUAUGGCCAGAGUACCAGCCCUGAAGAUCCAGAGGAUGUUGUCAUGGAGCAGACACGUCCUGGCACACCUGCUGCUCAUUCUCUAUCUGACAUUAAAGAGUGGAGCAAGACCAUUAAGCUUAAAAGUGAAGUCAAGCAUGAAGCAUCUAUGGAAAUUCAGAAGCCAGACUUGGGGACCAGUAAAAAAUGUUCUUUUACUUUUACCUUGAAUGAAAAUGUCAGGAAGUCAGACCGUAGUGUGUUUACAGCACAUGGUAAACACACUGAGAGUAUCUACUCUGCCCUGAAAGCUAAUGACAAUUUCAAAGAAAGGAUGCAGAAUCAUCUCAAUAAAAACAUCCUUGUUUAUGAAGAAAAGACAAUAGAUGGAUAUGUAAAUUUAGGAAUGCCUCUCAAGUGCCUACCUAGAGAUUCCCAUUUUAAAAUAACAUUUGGUCAAAGAAAGUGUAACCAGGAAGAUGACCAGAUGUUCCGCCAAUGUGAAAAUCCAAACAUGGAAUGCAUUCUUUUUCAUGUGGUUGCUGUUGGAAAGAGUAUAAAAAAGAUUCUGAAGAUCAAGGAACUGCAUGAAAGAGGAAGUACAGUUUGUGUCUAUGCUUUAAAGGGUGAGACUAUCAAAGAAGCUCUAAGCAAGGAUGGCCGAUUUCGGUCUGACCUCGACGAAUUUGAAUGGAAAGUAAUGGAAGAUCAUCAGAAAAUUCAUGGGAAACAGUCCCUGGUGGAUGAAGUAUCUGGAAAAACCUUAGAGAUGGACAUUUUUAAGAAACGAAAUGUCAGGGAAGGUGCCCAUAAAAAAAUUAAACAGGAGAGUGAAAGUGCCACUGAUGAGAUCAAUCCCUGUGAACAGCUACAGUCUGAGAUCAUAGAACACAAACCAGAGACAGAUGGGGAAACCGAAGAUGUAGAAUCCAAGAAAGAAGAAACUGUCUCACUUCAGAGUCUGGGGCAUGAUAUUGAACGUAAAAAACGACGCACAAUUUUCAGAAUUAGGGAUUAUUACACUAAUAGUGUGAAGAGAAAAUACAGGAGGAGCAGCUCAAGACAUGGGCAAAGGCCCCAUGUGGGUAUGCAGCAUGUUAUUAAUCAAACUAUCCAGAAGACGGCAACUAACGUCUGGCUAAAGAAUUGCCAAGUGUUGAGCAAAGUUAUAAUGGAUCAGUAUCCAAAUUUUAAUGAAGAGGCACAUUGGAUGAGAAACUAUUUUCGGGAUGAGCAGAACAAAACCAAAGUGCCAGCAUCUCAACAAUUCAACAUAUAUAAAAAGUACUUUGCAAAAGUGACUGAAAAUUCUACUUCAGUUGCAACCUGCGAAGACCUUAUUCAUCUUAGUAAGUCAGUUGGGUUCAUGAUGUGGUAUAAUAAUGGAAACAUGGGGACUGCUACUUGCUUUGUCUUCAAUCAUGAUUAUAUUUUCACCUGUCGACAUGUAAUCAAUCACAUAGUGGGAGAAUGCACAGAUCUAAAUUUGUGGCCAGAGAUAAUAAGCCAACGUGCAAAGGUAACUUUCAGUCAUAAAAGGUUCUUCCUUGAUAAUCAAGAUUGGUAUGCCAUUGAUCCAUGGUUUGGAGUAUCUGAUGGAAAUCUAGAUUAUGCCAUUUUAAAGCUAAGCCAACAUCAAAAUGGAUUUCCUCCAGGCCUGUUUAGACAAAUUUCCUCUCAACCGUCCAGUGAUUUGAUUUAUAUAAUUGGUCACCCAGAAGGCCAGGUCAAGAAAAUAGAUGGUUGUGCUGUGAUUCCAAUAAAUCAGCGGAUGGAGAGGUAUGCAGAACAACUCCAAGAUGAGAUGGUAGGAUCCGAUGCUGUUACUUACAAUGUUUUCCCCAUGUUUACCCAGAGAAGUUUCCUACCAGAAGCUUGGAGCACUGACACACUUAGUUAUGAUACCUGUUUUUCUAGUGGAUCCUCUGGCUCCCCAGUAUUUAGUGCAUCAGGCAAAUUGGUUGCUAUGCAUACCAUUGGGCAUUUUUACAAACGUGGAGAGAAAGUCCAUGCCCUUAUUGAAUUUGGCUAUUUGAUGAAUUCAAUUCUUUGUGAUAUUAAACAGAAAAACGAGAGCUUCUAUCAAUUCUUAAUGGAAGAUAAAACUGAGAACUGCACCAAGGACUAUACCAUACAAGAGUUGUCACUUCAAGAACAUCAGAUUGAACCCAUGGAACAUUAGAGAAAAGAUUUUUUGUUCCAGAAAAUAUGCCAAUAAUUUAGAGUAUUUGGGGCUGUUUCCUUAAAGUAGAGUGAAUAUUCCUCUUUAAUUAGAAAUCUUUAGAGAAUCACUUGGGUGUGCAAAACAUAUAUAAGAGUUCAAGUAGAUUCUGAUAUAUUUUCCUAUUGUUUUUUUUUUAAUUGAAACAAUCUCAAGCCUCAACUUAAACUAUUUAGCUCUGUUAUAUACAUACACAGUAUUUGGUAUUUGCCAAUUCUAAUGCCUCGGAUGAUAUAUCCACACCAUCUUCCUAACUAGUGAAGUGCCCUAUGUUCCCUGAAUUAAAAAAUAAUGGCGACAUACACCUUUAGAGUGAAGUAAAUAAUUCUUUGAUAAUCUUAAGUUUUUCCCUUUUGUGCCACCUGUAAAUCAGCCUCUAUUGCAAAUGACACAUGAAAAUCUCAGAUUUUCUGUUCUUUCCUCUAGUUUUGUCAUUCUCUGGAAUGUAGAAGUGUGCUUUCCUCAGUCUUCAUUCCUGACCUCUCAUAUUCAGAGUCUAUACCACUAAAAACUAAGCAUAUCAGCCAUCAAGCUAUAUUACAAAGCUGUUAUCAUGAAGACAGUAUGUAUUGACACAAAACAGACACAUAGAUCAAUGGAACAGAAGAGAGAACCCAGAGAUUGACCUAUAACUAUAAGGUCAACUAAUUUUUGACAAAAUAGGAAAGAAUAUCCAAUUGAAAGAAGGCAGUCUAUUCAACAUAUGGUGUUGGGAAAGCUGAACGAUGAGAUGCAAAAGAAUGAAACUGUACCACUCUCUUACACCAUACACAAAAAUAAAUUCAAAAUUGAUGAAAGACCUAAAUGUGAGACAGGAAACCAUAAAUAUCCUAGGGGAGAACACAGGCAGCAACCUCUUUGACCUUGGGCAUAGUAACUUCUUAUUGGAUGUGUCACCAGAGGCAAGAGAAACAAAAGCAAAAAUGAAAUAUUGGGACCUCAUCAAGAUAAAAAGACUUCUGCACAGUAAAGGAAACAAUCAACAAGACUAAAAGGCAGCCUAUGGGAUAAGAAAAGAUAUUUGCCAAUGACAUAUCAGAAGAAGGGUUAGUAUCCAAAAUCAACAAAGUACUUAUCAAACUCAACACCCAAAAAACAAAUAAUCAAAUUAAGAAACGAUCAGAAGUCAUGAAUAGACAUUUUUCCAGAGAAGACAUCCCAAAUGACCAAUAGAUACAUGGAAAGAUGCUCAACAUCACUCAUCAUCAGGGAAAUCGAAAUCAAAACUGCAAUAAGAUACCACCUCACACCUGUCAGAAUGGCUAAAAUUAACAACAGAAGAAACAACAAACAUCAGAGAGGAUGCAGAGAAAGGGGAACCCUCUUACACUGUUGAUGAGAAUGAAAACUAAUGUAGCCACUCUGGGUAACAGUGUGAAGUUUCCUCAACAAGUUAAAAACAGAAGCAUUCUGGGCAGCCUGGGUGGUUCGGAGGUUUAGCGCCGCCUUCAGCCCAGUGCGUGUUCCUGGAGACCCGGGAUCGAGUCCCACAUCGGGCUCCCUGCAUGGAGCCUGCUUCUCCCUCUGCCUGUGUCUCCGCCUCUCUUUCUCUCUCUCUCUCUCUCUCUCUCUCUGUCUCAUGAAUAAAUAAAAUCUUAAAAAAAA